UCUAACUACGUCACAAGGAAGUGGAACUUUCUAGUUUUUAAGUAAGCGCGGCUGCAGGGACAAGGGACCCGCUGUGUGUGAUGCGGCCACUGAUUCCUCUGCUAUCUGCCCUAUUAAUCUCACUCCCGCUCCUAGGGACAGAAGAUCCUGUUGUCCACCUUAAUAAACUCAUAAAUGACAAUGCCACAUUUCACCACGGUUUUGAGCUGCGCGACAAAACAGUAUGCCAAAUUAUAAUCAGCCAGGAUGGCCCAAUGGAAGUGGCAGAAUACAGAAAAAAUGGAAUAGAAGUGGCAGAAUACAGAAACAAUGGUUUCCAUGUAACCAAUGACAGAUACAAGCAGCGAAUCCAAUUCUUCAACUCAAAACUAAUGAUCCAGAACCUGACAUUGGAAGACAGCGGAAUGUACAACAUAUCUUGCUGGUAUCCAAAUGCUCCGAAAAAGAAAACAUCAUUUAAUGUCACUGUUUAUGAACCAGUGCAAAAACCAGAUAUUAAAAGAGAGUGCCAAUGUGAAAACCUCGACUGUAACUGCACUCUUCGUUGUCUGGAUCCUACAAACUCAUCCUCCACCCACUGGGUUAUUUUAGAAGAUUCAAAGCCUGUCAAGAAUUUAAAUAAAAGUACAAUCCGGACACUGCUUGGCGAUACUUCUAUAAGCACUGAGUAUGUGUGUGUGCUACAGAACCCGGCUGAUCAGAAAAAUGCUUCCAUUGGCUACUGGCAACUCUGUUCUGAUUCAAGUCACAGUUGCAUCCUCUGCUUGUAUUGGUGGAUUUGGAGAGUAGGGCUUUCGAUGACUCUGUUUAUUGGAUUCAUUUUUCUCAUUCUCUUCAUACGCAAGAAAGCGCACAAUGUUUUUGACAUGUUUAAAAAGCUCCGUGGAUAUUUACCAUUCCGGAGAACUACACCGAUUUCUUGCCAAAAUGAAGCAAAAUAUAUACCUGGUGAUGUGGAACUGAAGGUUCUAGGAAACUAGUGAAUAUAAGUAACCAAGGUGCUACUCUGUGUUCAGCCUUUCACCGGAUGCUACCUUUCUACUAAACACAAGUGAGAAAAAAAAAAAAGCUGCCUUUAAUCCAGUGUGAGAAUUCAUACGGCCAAUGAGUUUCAAACCACUGGAA